AUGAAGGCUUGCGUCUCUGAACGCUCAAAUCCCAAGGUCUUCCAUUGUAAUCCUAAGAAGUCUUUCAUCACUUUUGGAAUUGAUUGUGAUGGAAUAAGUGCUGCAGUCGCCAUGCUGCGCACCAGCUCCCUGGGCACCAUUCGCCCGGACCCCUCCCUGUGGGUGGAUCCCCCUGGCCUGCGCCGCUGGCUGGUGGCAGUCGCGGCCUUCCGCUUUGACCUCGAGCAGGGCCAGCUGCUGGAGGCAUGCUACCCCCACGGUGCCCUCAGCGCAGAGGAGGAGCUCGACAUCGGCUUCUCCUGCUUCCCCGAUUCCAUGGCCACCGCGCACAGCCGCUCCUCCGUGCACGACUGCUUCUUCUUCUUCCGCCUGCGCCGCCGCGGCACACCCCCCCAGGUGGCCCCCGCAGAGGCGCCGCGCCGUGCUAGCACUGGCGAGUUUGACCGCCACAUCAGCAGCAAGUUCACAGACGUGCAGCCGCGGUCCCCGGUUGCCAUUCCUAGCCCACGCCGGGGGGGAACAGCGGAAAAGGGGACGUGGGGCUCACCCUCGAAUCGACGACACCUGCAGAGGGGCGUCAGCGACCUGGGGACUUCUUCUCCUGCCGUGGGCGCUAUGGGGGGCAGCGGUGACCUGGGCAUGAGCCCCCGGGAGUCAUUCCUCCAAUCGAUGCCGUCUCUCGACAGCCAACGAGCUGCUGCCGCAUCACCCGGGCUGCGCCGCACCUCGUUCUCUGGGCCCCUCACCCCCACCCCUCGGCAACCCAGUGACCCUUCCAGCCCCAUCUUCUUGGCCUCACCAAUUGAGGAGCAGCCCACCCCUGGGCAGCACCGCCGCACUGCCACCUCAGACUUCCCCCGCUCCCCCAGCCUGGCAGCAAGUGGGGCGACACCAGGCAAAACGGGGGGUGCCGCCAGUGCGGGCCGGGUGCGGUAUCUCUAUGGGUUUGUGUUUAACCGGCAGCGGCAGGACGAGCGCCUGCGGCGGGGCGGGGAGCAGAAGUCUGUGGUCCUGCUGUCGGAGCGGCCGUUCACGGGCGUCUUCCGGCCGAUGGUCCAGAUUGCGGGGCCGCUCUACUUUGACACCGGGGCCAAGGCUCUUGAGCAGGUGGCAGCCAUCAUUUCCCAGUGGCCUCCCCCCCAGUUCGGGUCUCCUAUGGACCUUCCCGUCGGCUCCGCCAAGCUCAAGGCGCACCUCCCCCCUGCCAGCGCGCUCCCCCCCGGCUGCGGCUUCUCCCCCACCGACGACGCCCAGUCCAUCCCCUGCCUGGCCGGUGGCAAGCUGGUCCCCCACGGGCCGUUCCCCGAGGCCGACCUGUGGGGCCUGUUCCGCGGCGUGUUGCUGCAGCUGUGGCUCCUCUGGGAGCUCCUCCUGAUCGGGGAGCCCUUGUUGCUAAUCGCCCCCACCCCCGCACAGUGCUCGGAGGCUGCCGCUGCGCUGGUAAACUUGAUAGCCCCUCUCCCCUACUCCGUCGACUUUCGGCCGUACUUCACCAUCCACGACCCCGACUUUCCAGCGCUCACGCAGCCGGGGGCCGCACCCAAAGCGCACCUUUUAGGGGUAACCAACCUCUUUUUCCUGAAGGCCCUGCGCACCCUUCCCCACGUCAUCUCUGUCGGCACUCCUCCCCCAACGAGGGCGCAGCUAGUGACAGGGCCCUCACCAGAAACGGGCCCCGCGGCUUCGCGUGCGAGCCCAUCUCGACUACGGAACAUGUCAACGGGGCUGUCGCCUUUCCGGCGACUGCUGGGGUCGGGGGGAAAUUUGUUGCGGGCGGCGCGGCAGCGCGCGCAGGGCCCCAUCAGUCUGAUGGCGGAGCACAAGGAGUGCGUGUGGACCAACUACGUGCCCGCCACCAAGCCGGACACCGUCAUCCUCAACCGCCUGGUGGACGCGAGCGCAAGCGGCCCUCGCGCGGAGGAGUCGAUGGCGGUGGUGAACAACGACAUGCUGUGGCGCCACUUCGUGGAGCUGACCACCAACUUCCUGGCGCCCUUCGGGCCCUACCUCCGCGGAGCAACGCCCUCGCAAGGCGCAUCCCCGUUCGUGGAGCCUCCCCCGCUGCCGCAGUUCGACUCUGGCGUGUUUCUGCGCGGGCUGGCGGAGCGCGGCCCGGGCAAGUUUUUGUCGAAGCGGCUGAAGGCCAACUGGCACGACCUGUACCGCCGCUUCGUGGAGGGGCCCAACUUCCAGCCCUGGUUCCAGCGCCGCCGCGCAGCAGCGGAGCACGAACAGCACCGCGCCUGGAGGGCGGCUCGGGCCAAGGCGGACGUGCGCGCAUUCCUGGGCAGCAUGUCGGAGGUGGAGAUUGUGGACGCCUUCACCGCCGUCGAGAAGCAGCUGCUCCUGGAAGUGCACGCGCACUCCCGCUCGGGUGCGCGCGGGACGGCGCCCCCCGCUGCGGCCAAGCUGCGCGCAGACCUGCGUAUCCUAUACGACGCCCUGCCCCGCGACAUGCAGCAGCUGCUCCUCUUCACGCCGCAACGUGCCGCGCUGCUGCAGGGGGGGCGCGAGCCAGCCAAGCUGCCGGGGCGGGUCUCGCUGUCGCGCGAGGACUCGACAGCGGGUUGGAGCGACACGCACUCAAAUAGGAGCACAAGUACGGACAUAGCGGGUGCUCGAGCUUCGCCUGUGUUUUCGGAUGUGGGGAGCCCUCGCAGCUCGCGUUUGGGGUCAAUACCUCCCCUUAACUUGGAUCGAACGUGAGGUACAUAGGGUUACUUCAGAAAGUCUACUUGUGCAAACCAAACCGUCAUUCAACCGUCAUUCAUGAUUGCUAGCCGACCGUGUAUGUAAGUCCAGGUCCGUGUCCACCAGUUGUAUACUUCAACUUGAGCGGAUCUGGCGAAAGGGCGCAUGAUGCUCGCAAAAAGUUGGACUCAAGC